UCCUCUCUGAGUCGUGUGGGAAGCUGCUCAGUGAAUGCGGUUGCAGAAGGAGCCAGCAUACUUAUGCGCCUGACACGGAUACUGUUCUGUCUUACAGGAGAUGGGGGGAAACACAAGCUUACUUUCCUUUCUUAUAACUUCCUCCACUCCCCCGGACUGGAUAUAAUUAAAAAAUUCUCACAUUUCCUCUCCAAGUUGAUUUUGAUGACAUUCUCUGUGGACCGACGGAAGCGCGGAGUUUCCAGCUCCUCACUUGCACCGCGGCUGACUAAAGGCUAAAUAACUGCAUUAUUCAUUUUUACGCACCGGUUUCCGUUGUCCUGACUUGUCUCUCUUGUUUCUCUCUCUGUGCUUGUCCGGUGUUUUUUUCGUCCGGGAGAGGAUCUUCGAUAUUCCGUCCUUUUUAAAAAGAAAAGAAAAAUUCCCUCCCGUUGGAUGGAGACUGAAGUAAGCAUCUCUUCUGCCUGCAAAUAAACAGACCGCUAAAAAAAAGGAGUUAGAGCAAAUAACUGGAUUUAUGCUGCCCCAAUGGAAAAUAAUAUACUGAUACAAAUAACCUGAUGGGAGCGUUUUGGCUGCCUAUGCCCUCUGAAGCAUUAUCCCUGUGCGCAACUUCACUCGAAACAAACCAGUAUUUAUUCAUCGGAUCGUUGGGGGUUGCUGAAACGAGCUAAAUCCAGACGCACAGUGUUGGCCAUCCUCUCUCCCCCAUUUUUGCUCCUCUCCUCUGCUCAUCCUCCUACUCCAGUUUCCCCCUUAAAAAAUGCUCCAAGAAUGACAGACUUAUUUCACCGCAUCACCGACCGCCUUGCGCCUUUUUUCACGCCUUGGAGUCGCCGGACGCGCUGUUAAUAUCUCUAAAAACUGUCUGCCUCUCCCUUUCUCUCUGUCUCGGUCUUUCCCUAUCUCUCUUUCCCCUCCUUUCUCAUCGCCUCUCUCUAUAUCUGCAACCAAAUGAAUGCUCUCCCAUGGAGGUAGUACAACCACCUUGGGGACCGAACGACCAGAGGGGUGAUUUUUCCAAGCAAGAGGAGCCCGUCAGCAAGAGACGCAUCGGGUGAAAUCUGAGCUCCCCAACCCCCUCCCCCCCCUCACACCCUCCCUCCUUUCUCUCCAUCUCCAGCGCACCCCCGCCAGUUUGCUCGGCUCGGGUUGAUAUACAGUAGCCUUCAUGGGGAUAUAGGGGCUGGAGAAACCUUGUUGCGCCCCUACAACUGUCUGCGUUCUACUUCAGCUUCAGAGGACUGUUUGCGCACGUCUCCAUCAAUGUCUCACCAAUGCUGCCCCGUGUCUCCAGAGGGAGCCGCAUUCAUUAGCACCUCAGCUUUGGGUUACUAAAUGGUUCUCUGGAGGAGGAUUUCUAACCGGCGAGAUGCUGCUCGUACUCCUGCUGGCAGCCUUUUCUUCCUCCAUCUCCGGCUCCCUCUCCUCCUCCCUCUCCUCCCCCUCCAUGUCGGACGGACCUCAGAUGGCAGACCCGUCCGCCUCGGACUUGAUGGCUGAGACCUGCAGCGCCUGCUCCUGCAUGUCAGUAGAAAACGUGCUGUAUGCCAACUGCGAGAAGAUCACUGUCUAUCGACCCACGCAGCUCAUCCCGCCGGCCUCCUCCCUAUACCACCUGAACUUCCAGAACAACUUCUUAAUCGUACUGUACCCUAACUCGUUCCUCAACUUCACCCACGCCGUGUCACUGCAGCUGGGGAACAAUAAACUACAGAACAUCGAAGGUGGAGCGUUUAUGGGGAUGAGCGCGUUGAAACAGCUGCACCUGAACAAUAAUGAGUUAAAGGUGCUGCGAGCAGACACUUUCCAAGGGAUAGAAAACUUGGAAUACCUUCAGGCUGAUUACAAUUUGAUAAAAUACAUUGAAAAGGGAGCAUUUAACAAACUGCACAGGUUAAAAGUGCUCAUCCUGAAUGAUAAUCUCAUACAGGCACUUCCAGACAACAUAUUUCGCUUUGCCUCGCUCACACACCUGGAUAUAAGGGGGAACAGGAUCCAGAGGCUUCCUUAUUUGGGGGUUCUGGAGCAUAUUGGGCGCAUUGUAGAGCUGCAGCUGGAUGACAACCCCUGGAAUUGUACCUGUGAUUUAGCACCUCUCAAGGCGUGGCUUGAAAACAUGCCCUAUAAUAUUUUUAUCGGCGAGGCCAUAUGUGAAACACCAAGUGACUUGUACGGAAGGCUCCUGAAAGAAACUAACAAACAGGAGCUUUGUCCCAUGGGAACAGGAAGUGACUUUGAUGUUAGAAUGCCACCCGCACCGCCUGAUAAUGGCCAGUCACCCUCCAAAAUGUCCCCAACCACUCUGGCUCCCAUGGCCACAAAAGCACCAAAAACCACUGACUCAUCUAAGAUUUACGGUAAUGGUAUUGUGGCUGGUUUACCCCCUUUUGGAAGAAAUAGACAGAUUGUUUCCUUUCAGACACGGACCCCUCCAUUGCUGUGUCCGCAGCCCUGCAGCUGUAAAGCCCACCCCUCUGACUUUGGCAUCAGCGUCAGCUGUCAGGAGAGGAAUAUUAAAAAUUUAGGUGAUCUCCUUCCCAAACCCCAAAAUGCCAAGAAACUUCACCUGAGUGGAAAUUACAUCCGUGACAUAAGCCCGGCUGAUUUUCAAGGCUUUGAAGGCUUAGAUUUGCUACAUCUUGGCAGCAAUCAAAUUGUCACGGUCCAAAAAGGUAUGUUUUCUAACCUAACUAACCUGAGAAGGCUGUAUUUGAAUGGAAACCAGCUUGAACAGUUACACCCAGAGAUGUUUUUGGGCCUCACAAACUUACAGUACCUAUAUUUGGAAUACAAUGCCAUAAAAGAAAUCUUAGCAGGUACAUUUGACUCCAUGCCGAACCUACAACUCCUGUAUCUCAACAACAAUGUUCUGCGGAGUCUCCCUGCCUACGUGUUUGCGGGUGUCUCUUUAGCCAGACUGAAUCUAAAAAACAACCACUUCAUGACCCUACCAGUGAGUGGUGUCUUGGACCAGCUGCAAUCAUUGACCCAGAUAGACCUCGAAGGGAACCCGUGGGAGUGUUCCUGCGAUCUUGUCGCCCUCAAACUAUGGCUAGAGAAGCUAAGUGAUGGAGUGGCUGCCAAAGAGGUGAAAUGUGCCUCGCCUGUGCAGUUCUCCAACAUUGAGCUGCGCCUCUUGAAAAAUGAGAUCCUGUGUCCUAAGCUUAUUGCGAGGCCGCCGUUUAUUCUCACUAGCGCCACGCCUGUUUUGACCUCACUGUCGCCUGCCGGAGUUGGAAAAGCACCGCCGGGAGGGCCUGUGCCUCUCUCCAUCAUGAUCCUCAGCAUCCUCGUAGUGCUGAUCCUCACUGUGUUCGUGGCCUUCUGCCUGCUAGUCUUUGUCCUGAGGCGGAAUAAAAAACCAGUAGGCAGGCAGGAGGGUCUUGGGAAUCAGGAGUGUGGCUCCAUGUCAUUGCAGCUCCGCAGACACAGUCACAAAUCGGGCAAAAAAGGCUCCAUCCCGGGAGACGACUUGGGAGGCGAGACGUUCAUCCCCCAGACAAUCGAGCACAUUGGCAAAAGCCACACCUGCGGGAUCGGACGCUCCUCAGACAUGGACGCUGGGUUCAAGUUUGCAGACUCGCAGAGGCAGAAGAUCAUCCUCCGGAACAGCGCCGACAAGGACAAAGACUCGCUUUCCACCCUGGAGCGCAACAAACGCCUCAGCACCAUCGACGAACUCGAGGAGUUCCUCCCCCACCGAGAGCCCAGCAUGUUCAUCCAGAACUUCCUGGACAGCAAAAGAGAUUUCAACAGUAUAGGGAUGGGCGGGUACGAAAUCCGCUACCCGGAGAAAACGCUGGAUAAAAAGAUGAAGAAGUCGUCGCUGAUAGGCGGGAACCACAGUAAGAUCGUGGUGGAGCAGAGAAAAAGUGAGUAUUACGAGCUGAAAGCCAAGCUCCAAGGAACGCCUGAUUACCUGCAGGUGCUCGAAGAGCAGACUGCGCUGAGUAAAAUGUAGGGAUUGUUGCGUUUGAUUUAGUGCAUUGAUUACACACACACACACACACACACACACACACACACACACACACACACACACAACACACACACACACACAUAAGACAGAAGUCAGAAACACUACAGGCAGACAGACAGCCAAACACAUCUGCCUUUCUCUAGUUCCUUUUCCCACUUUUGCCACACACACACACACACACACGCCAAAAGUCAGACACACACACACACGCACACACACCAAUAAACCCCCCAGAGCUCUCGCUUUCUGUCUUCAUCUCCCUUUCUGCAGCCACACAUGCACACUCACAGACACACACACACAGACACUCCCACACACAGCGAAAAAGUGCCUUCUGGAAAUCCUUAAUGACCAAUGCAGAGAUGGACAAAAUGGCUCCACGCUACAAAAGCUAUUACUAGAAUCAGCGUGGAUCUAUUUCACAGUAAAAGACCUUUUGGAUUAUCCAUGCCACUACAUGUAUGAAUCCCACAUACAUACCACAGGACACCCUAAAAAGCAACCAGACAGUUAUAGUAUUUUUUUGUUGUUGCUGCUAUUAAAAUGGGUAUCUAUCUUCUUAUUUUUUGUUGUUCUUGUUGUUCUUUUACCUCCUCCUUUUGUUUUUCCAACCAAAUCAAAGGGUUUGAAAACAGUGCUUGAGAAUAUACCUCGCCGUCUUCAACCCUCAUUUAAAAAAAUAAAAAGAGAGAGAGAGAGAGAGAGAGAGAGAGAGAAAAAAAAAAAAAAGGAGGGCACGUUGGUUGUUCUUUUGCUCUGGAAAGAUCACCGCUUCUGGGAUGAGAUUAACAGAGUUGGUGACUCAGUGGAUGCUACUUUGCUUUUUUUUUGUAUUUGCGGGGAUAUCUGUUUGUUCUGGGGGAUGCCUCUGGAGUUGGCUGCAGACUCUCUGCCACCAUGUCUGGAUUACACACCAGUAGCAGUACACCUGCUCUUUGCCGGGAGGCUAAACUGCUCCUGUUAAGGCACUGCAAACUCUUUUUGGGGGAAUGAUUUCCAUGACUUGUUCUCUUUGUGUAAGGAGCCAUGUUAAAUAUAGUGUCUUCUGAAUGGAGUUGUGUUUCUCUUCAAAAAAUUGCUACUACAGUAACUGUAUGUUUUGGGUGAAAUCUAACGGCACAUACACUGUCAGAGGACGUUGUUUCUGAAAAAUGAAGGAAAGAAAAAAAACCCAAGGAUAAAAAAAUUACAAAGCUGCUUGCCAUGUAAGCGUAACCUGGAAUUUAUUUUAUAAGUCUUACAUUAUUUGUAUCUGUGGGACUGGUUUGUAAAUUACAAGAAAGGACAAACAUCUAUAUACACACACGCACGCACACACACACACACACACACACUGUACGACGGAGCAUCAUCAUCAAGAGACUACAAGCCAGAAUUGUCAAACAAACCGCUAAUAUAAUUCAAUCAGUGAUCCACCUCCCCUUGUCAGCUCUCAAUUCGUAGUAAAAGAAAUUUAACAAGAUAGUUAAUUUAUUUUUCUAUGCAGGAUUAUUUAAAGAGUUACUGGUAUUAUUUAAAAAAAAAAGGAUAAUACACAAAGAGUGGAAAGGACUUACAUCAGAGCUAAUUCAGGCCACUAUAAGUGACUGUUGAGUCGAUCGAAGGGGUUUCUCUCAGUUUGAUGAAGAACUGGACCCGCUGGGCGACGGGGUUGUGAAAUGUGAUCUGUGAUGUUUCCUUUUUUAUUGUGUCGCACGGCAAGCCGAGGCCUGAUAGAAGUCUGUGAAGUUUCAAGCAGUUUCCUUAUUCUUAUAUCUCCCACAGUAUCUUGUAAAAGGUUUCUUAUUAACAUUAUGCAACCAAAAUAAAUGUGCAUUAAACUUGUUAUGGUUCCAGAGUUGUUGGGAUGGGAGUGGAAACAUUUUGCGGGAUGAGUAAAAGGCUACAAAUUGAAGCUCUAAAAAUUGUUAGAUCGGUGCAGAAUCAUAUCAUAAAAACACCAUGUGCAAUAUUAGUACAAAAAAAAAUGCUCGGUCAUGAUGGCUUCAAAUAAUUUUGUUUAAUUUAUUUAGUUUGAGGUUAUAUUGUCAAGACAGGUUCUAUUUCGAAAUUCUUUUUCUCUAUCCGGUCCUUAUUUAAAAAGUAUUGUUACGUUGAAAUUAUGAGUGUUUAUUGACAUUACAAUGAAUAGAAUGUAUCUUGGAAAGUAUAAUAAAUACAAUUUUCUAUCGGUCAUAAAUCUCCUGUAUAUUGGUUAAUUUUCUCUUGUAUAAUCAUGUUGAAAUCAAGGUAUUAAACUCAGCACCUAUUUGCACUGUGUCCCCCUAUUUCUUUUAGUUAACAUCCUCUUAGCUUUUCAAGGCUGCUUUACUUUAAGAAAAAAGAAGGGGAAAAAAACGUCCACUGUCACUGCCAACUCCUUUAUACCCUGCUUGAUUUUUUUCCCCAGAAAAAGUUGGAUUGUGUGACAGCUCAGUGUUGGAAAGACUCCAACUCAAGUGACAGGAUGUUGUUCUUUGUUUUGCUCAUGUACAAACACUGGCUACCCUUUAGGCAUCAUAUGUUUGCUUUGAGUUCAUGGAAACUGGUUGUGGAAACAAGGAAACUGCUGCGUGUUACACUUAAGGUCAUGAAAUAAUUUCUGUUUGCCAAAAGUUCAUAACCACAUCUGAUGUGUUGGUGUACGUUUCACCAUCUCUGGUUUUACUUUUUUGUUUUUUAAGCUAAAGUUUUAAUUAAAGUAAUAUGCUCAUGCCAAACUAAACAUUUGAAGGUUGAAACCAUAAUUUAAACACUGGUUUGGUGCUGUUUUUUGUGGUUCACAUCUCCUUUUGAUGGUCUAAAAAUGUCAAAAAAAGUCAGAUAUUAAAGAUGUAAUAUUAGCAA